UCAGAAAGGGAGGAUACCAAACAAUACGUUUCUUUUUCAAGGAAAUAAAAUGCAAAGUGGCUUCCCAAGGCAGUAUAAAAGGAGACACCUCUCAUAGGCACUUGCAUUGGCAGAGAAGGGCAGGGCUGUGUACUUGCAGAGCUUUAUACUACUAUACACUGCAGAUGAAAGCUCUGGAUACAAGAACAGAUUUACGUGUUACCAUGGUUCAUCUACAAAAGCGGGAAGCUGUUUGGAUAAUCUGGACAGUGUGGGAUUGCUGAGGGUGUAUCAAAAAUGGAGUACACUGAUAAGGAGGAACAUCAUGAAGAAACAGAUCCCUCUCCUGACCCGUGCUGUGAGGAAGGAAAGAACACUCCAGCAGCACCACAGUCUGACCAUGUUCCUCCACCAGGGAAAGUAGCUGGGUGUAGACUACAGUUAGAUUACUCAGGCUGUGAAACAAACAGCGGCAGUUUGACUGUUGAUAACGCAGAAACUGUCACGGUUAAGGCACUGAUUCACGGGACUGAGUGUACCAUCAGAUUCACAAAGAUUGCAGACAAUGGAAAUCAAAGCGAAGCAACCUCGCUAUCUGUCUUCACAGUGAGACGCUGUUUGAAGAAUCUUGUGGGAUGGCUGAGAGUGUUUCUGCAAUGGAUAACCCUGAUGUGGAGGAACAUUAUGGAGUAUCAGAUUCCUUCCCUGACCCGUGCUGUGAGGAAGGAAAGAACACUCCAGCAGCACCAGAGUCCGAACGAACAUCAUGAAGAAACAGAUCCCUCUCCUGACCCGUGCUGUGAGGAAGGAAAGAACACUCCAGCAGCACCACAGUCUGACCUGAGACGCUGUUUGAAGAAUCUUGUGGGAUGGCUGAGAGUGUUUCUGCAAUGGAUAACCCUGAUGUGGAGGAACAUUAUGGAGUAUCAGAUUCCUUCCCUGACCCGUGCUGUGAGGAAGGAAAGAACACUCCAGCAGCACCAGAGUCCGAACGAACAUCAUGAAGAAACAGAUCCCUCUCCUGACCCGUGCUGUGAGGAAGGAAAGAACACUCCAGCAACACCACAGUCUGACCAUGUUCCUCCACCAGGGAAAGUAGCUGGGUGUAGACUACAGUUAGAUUACUCUGGCUGUGAAACAAACAGCGGCAGUUUGACUGUUGAUAACGCAGAAACUGUCACGGUUAAGGCACUGAUUCACGGGACUGAGUGUACCAUCAGUUUCAAAAAGAUUGCAGACAAUGGAAAUCAAAGCGAAGCAACCUCGCUAUCUGUCUUCACAGAGCCCAGCACUCCUGUUCAGAAUAAAGUCUAUCAGCUCAGCAGGGAGUUAGAGCCUCUGCAUCCUGAGCCACCUGCUGCUGAACUUGAUGAAGUGGAGAGUAACAAUGCAACGUGGUGCAGUGAGGUUGAAACUGUGCAAGCGAAAGCCGAUGGACCAUUAAGCAAGCCAACUGCACCAUCUGCCCCCAAAGAGAAGCAGCUAGAGAAGUUUUUGGAGGAACUGGGGUGUGAUCACCACUACAGAGAGAAGCUGUCCCUAAGCACACUUCUGAGGAUUGACCAGAAGACCUUUACUGAUGAACCUGCCAAAUGUAAUUCGGAUCUUCCAUGGUAUUUUCUGAAGAAACUAAUGAUGGUUAAUGUGACAGCUAGGAAUGUGAAAUAUACACCUGCACACGAGUCCAACUGUGAGGAUCACACAGAUGGUCUUGAUGAUUUAGACGAAAAAACACAUUCAGGUGAAACACUGAAUCCCCUUGAUAUAAUCACUGCUCUCUUCCUGUGCUCUGAUGGUUUUGUACAGCAGGAAAUGGCCCUCAAAAUGUCUAUGUGUCAGUUUUCCGUGCCUCUGUUGCUUCCCAACUGUGACACAAAGCAGUGCACACUCAUGCUUUGGGCCAUGAGAGACAUUGUUAAAAAGUACAGACCUCGGUCCCUUUUAGAAUCCAAGGGAUUUAUUGAAGAGAGAAUUGUUGUCUCUAAACUUCCAAUGAUAUCUUUUGUGAGACUGGGUGAGUGCUCCUUGUCCAAGUCAGAGAUCCUCAAUAAGCUUCUGAGCAACUCUCAGCAGUACCAUGACACCUUUGUUCACCGUAACAUGGAGGGUGGUGACAGUCCAAGGAGAAUAUCCAAUGGAUUGGUUGAAAUGGCUUGGUACCUUCCUUGUGGGAACAAAAACAUGGACGUCUUCAGCGAGCCAGUCGCUGUAGCUAACCUUCGUGGGGACAUUGCUUCAUUUGAAACACAAUUUUCUUUCCUGUGUCAGACAUCUGCCGCAGUUUUUGUGUUCUUUGAUGCUUUGGACUCUGAGUGUGAGCUGCUAACCAACCAACAACACAAGGCACAGAUCUUCUUAGUGGGCAACCGUCAAAGCAAAGAUUUCAAAUCAGAUGCUGUAAAAAAGGUAGCAACCAAGUUGAGCUUAACCAAGAGCAACAUCCUUUUGAAAGAUAAGCACAUAAAUGAUGCAAACUUUGUCAAAGAUUUGCGGGCAAAAGUCAGCAAUGCAUUUGAAAACACAAAGGUGAAGAUGGGAAUUGAGAAGAUGGCUGACAUUGCCCAUGAACAUGGAAUCUGUGUUGAUGAAGACUCUCCAGACUGCCAGAAUGCGAAGAAAAACGCAGAUGCCAUCACUGCAGAAAUUCAAGACAUUCUUGAAUACAAAGAAGCUCAGCUUCCCUUGCAAGGACGAAUAUGGAAAGACCUCACUUGCUUAGAGAAGGAAGAAUUGCGACUUCGGAAAGUUGGGUCUGAAAAUAUAGAAGAGUACAAAAGCAAUCUUCAUCUAAAGAAAAAAGAACUUCGGGAAAAACAGAACUCCUAUGACAUGUCGAAGGCAAUGACAUGUUUCAUCAAUGCAAUAUCAAGCCCAGGGAUAGAGAGGUGCUAUUUCCUGAAAUGGAUGCGAAUGAACCUCGAUAACGUGUCUCGGGAAAAACUCUUUGACCUCAGGGAGCAGUACAAAGAAAAAUGCAAAAACUCUGAGAACAAAAAGGCGAUCAAGGAGAUUGAGGAACAACUUUCCAACAGCUCAUUAGGGACUGAACACUUCUUCCGUGAAAUGGGCCAGAUCUAUGAAGCUUCCCUAUCCCUUCCUGAAACAGACCCAGCACGUCAACAACUACAGCAUCUCCCCAAGCUAUGUGCAGAAUUAAUGCUUGCUGGAUUUCCACUUGAGCUUGUAGAUGGAGAAGCAUCCAACAUACCGCUCAGAUGGGUGACUGACGUUCUCUCUCAGCUCAAUGACUUGGUGUCUCCUAAGAACAAGAUCCUGGUAGUCACAGUUCUUGGAGUUCAGAGCACAGGAAAGUCCACUCUCCUCAACACCAUGUUUGGAGUGCAGUUUGCAGUCAGCAGUGGUCGAUGCACUCGAGGUGCCUUUAUGUUGCUGAUUCAAAUCAAUGAAGAUGUCAGAAAAGACCUCAACUGUGACUUCAUGGUGAUCAUUGACACUGAGGGCUUAAAGUCACCAGAGCUCGCACAACUGGACAAUAGCCAUGAGCACGACAAUGAGCUUGCAACACUUGUUGUGGGGCUGAGUGAUAUCACCAUCAUCAAUAUUGCAAUGGAGAAUUUAACAGAAAUGAAGGACAUCCUACAGAUAGUUGUACACGCUUUCCUCAGGAUGAAAGAGGUGGGAAAAAAGCCCAAAUGUCAGUUUGUUCACCAGAAUGUGUCCGAUGUUUCAGCCCAUGACAAGAACAUGCGAGACAGGAAACUGCUCCUGCAACACUUAAACGAGAUGACCCAGGCAGCAGCCAAAAUGGAAAAGAAAGAAAAGUACUCAAGCUUCACUGAUGUGAUGGAGUACAGUCCAGACACUGGAAGCUGGUACAUUCCUGGACUCUGGAAUGGAAACCCACCGAUGGCACCAGUCAAUGCAGGCUACAGCGAGACUGUUUAUGAGCUCAAGAAGAACAUAAUCCACAUUUUGGGAAGUUGUGGAUCAUCAGCUAAUAAUAUCUUGGAGUUUACUGAGUGGAUGAAGAGCCUGUGGACUGCAGUAAAACAUGAAAACUUCCUCUUCAGUUUCAGAAACAGUCUCGUGGCUGAUGCAUACAUGAGGCUGUGCACAGAAUUCAACAAAUGGGAAUGGGAAUUCAAAAAAGAAAUGUACACAUGGGUUACACAAGCUGAAACAAGAAUCUCCAACUUCAGUACACCUGCUGAUACAUCCAACAAAUCUGUCAUGAGAGAACUUCUCAUGCUAUUGAAAAGCGAAGCUUUGAUAGAGCUGUCUAAAUGGGAGAGAAAGCUUCUUGGAAAUCUGGAACUGUACUUCAAGGAAACAGAGAGUCGUGUCGAUCUUGUUGAAGGAUACAGACAGGAGUUUGCAAACAGUGCAAGGAGCCUUCGAGGAGAAAUGGAAAGGUCUGUGUCUAAUCAACUCACAGCAGCAGCUGACAUCAGAGAGGGGAUGACAGAACUUGAUAGAAUCAAGGAGAACCACACAAAGGAAUUAGAGGGCAACGUUUGUGCUUUUAUUGAAGAAUGUAGAAAGAAAAACAUCAAGAAGAAAGGGGAAGAGCUGGACAAAGAAUUUGACAAGAUGUGGACUCAAACAGUGACUCACCUAUCCUGUUCAGAAUUGAAGGUUGAGAACAUUUUCACCAGUGUGUCUCACCACCUGAGAACGAAUCUAAAACAAAAGGGAAGUCAAGUGAAUGAUUUGUUGAGUAACGAAACCCUGAAAGAGUGUGGACGGUUGCCUUUUAAAUAUACUGCAGGAAUUCUCAGGCGAUUUAUAGACCGAUUCAGUGCUCAAAGUCACACAAAGGCUGUACAACAAACAGCUGACAGCAUCAUUACAGAUUGCUCAGAGAUGAUGACUGACAAAAUGCACAGAAAGAGUAAUUACCAUGUUACCUACAUCGAGGAGAUUCUAAACAUGAUUGAUGAGAAGCUGCAAAACAAUCAGGAAGUUGACAUCACUUUUGAAGUCUCUCUGAAACUGCACAUCUGUGGAGACGCAGCCAGAAGGUUUCAGAAAAUGCAUGAAGAUUUCAUCCAUGAGAAUGAUCCCUACAGAUGUCUGAACGGAAACAAAGAAACGUUUCGUUCUAAUUUUAAAGAUGUGUUCCAUCAUGUAGACCAGUGCCAGAAGAAAGCAGAUGAAUUCACAGACCAAUGCUUGAAGCCUGCAGUCGAAGACUUUGUCAACCGUUUCCUGGGUCCUGAUAUCAUUGAUGAAAUGAAGACAAGUGAGCAGUUCAGCACAAGAAUGUCCUUCCAGUAUUCAGUUUUACUGGAUCUGCUCUCAGAGGAUGACUUUAAAAAGUACCAGAGCUGUAUUUGCUCCUAUGAGAUUUAUGUAAAGAAUUGGAUACUCAACAAAAUAGUGGAACGCUUCUCAAAUGGGUCUACGAUGUUCGAGGAACAACCUCUCCAGUCAUGUGUCUACAGCAUAAAUACUGCUAUCCAGAAAGCUCAAACAGAAAAGUGUGGCAACUUGAAGUCAUUUGUUGACGUUGUCUGUCAGGAGCUUGGUGACAAACUGGUCAUUUCCCAGGAUGCUCUUGGUAAAUUCAUGAUCCUGAACAAUGCCAAUCAGGAACAGUUUGCUCACAGGCUCACGGAGUGUGUGAAGGAGAUGGCAAAAGCUCUUAGAGAGAAGUUUAAGGGAACAAACAUCCAAACUAAACUACAGAACCUUCUGGUGAAACCUCAGAACGAGCUUUUCAACACACUGAUUGGAUGUGGUAAACAGUGUCCGUUCUGCAAAGCGCCCUGUGAUGCAGGAGGAAGAGCCCACAAGGAGCACUUCACUUUACUUCAUCGUCCACAGGGUCUGGGUCGAUGCAGAUGGGAUGAGACACAAAAACUCGUGAUUGACCUAUGUUCUUCCUCUGUGAACAGUGACAAUCGUUUUCGCUGCAGUGCUUCAAAGGGUGAAUGGCAUCCUUACAAGUCUUACAGAGACAUUUAUCCGGACUGGAAAAUCCCACCGGAUGCAAGCCUCCAGGCAUCAGACUACUGGAAAUAUGUAAUGGCAAAGUUCAAUGAUGAGUUUGCAGCAGCAUACGAUGCAAAGCCUGCUGAUAUUCCUGCAGGUUGGAAAGAAAUCACAAAGGAGCAAGCAGAGGCAAGUCUCAAAGAGUCAUUUUCUAUCAAAUGAGAAACUACAAGCUUUGUGCUCACAGAGGGUCACGUCCUCCUCAUUACAGUCAUCAUCCUCUCAUGGAUAUUUAGAUUACAUUUGAUUCAUAUGAAGAGAAGCACACAAAGUAACAUGCUGUUUGUGAGAUGGCAAGAUUGACCAUAUAUUUUCCCCACAACAACUUACAAGGAAUUUGUAAACGUUUCAGUUUGAUGAAAUCAGACUUUGUAUCCUACUUCUUUGGUUGUUAUUGUAGUAUCAAUUAAUCAAAUUCGAUUUGAUUGAGUGUUUUUAUUUCUUUAAAGUAACUGAUGCAAAAAGAUUUGCUUUUAUGUUUUACUGUGUUUUUGUCAUAAACACAUUAACAAUUUCAAUGUUUUAAAAUAUCAUUCAGUCUUCAUGUCAACAUGAAUAUUGGACAAUGUCUUUAUUCUUUUUUCAAAUAAGUAUCUGGCUCUUAUUAUUAACAUUUUUAUUGACACAUUUAGAAUUGUUGUCUUUUAAUUUCUGAGCUGCAUCAAAAGCCACACAUUUACAUUUUUAAAUCAGUUAAUGAAUCAUUGUGUUUGAGUGGUGGUACAGUCAACAUGUAAACAUGACAGAAAGUCUGCUGUAAUCAAGUUAAGUUUGAUAUGUGACCGUUUCCCAGAGAGGUAGAAUAUAUUCUUAUUAGUUUCUGUGAAUACAUAUAAACAUCAGUUACAAAUAUUUACAUAUUCAAUGUUUAAAAUAUCAUUCAAUCUAAAUGUCAACAUGUAGAUCAUACAAGCAUUUUCUUCUUACCUUAUUGAGUGCUAUUCCAAUACGUAUAUAACUCCAAAUAUUUACAUUUUUAUGUUCGUGUUAUUAUAUUGACUCAAAAUGUAUUAUGUUACUUUUCGUUUUGGGCUGCAUCAAAUGCCACAUUUUAACAUGUUUGAAUCAGUAAAAGGAUAAUUUAGUUAAUAUUCAGCAUGUCAACAUGACAACAAGUUUGAAUCAAGUUAAGGAUGAUAUGUGAUUGUUUUCCAGAAGGUUAUAAUCUAUUAGAUUUUGUUGUUGAAAGAUAUUUCAGUCUAAAUGUCAACAUGUAGGUUAUCCUUCAGGUUGUUUUUCUUUCCAAUUCGAGUAUGAUAUGUCAUUUCCUUAGCUCAAAAUCUGUUACAACUUUAUUUUUUAUCAACUUAGUAUCUGAUAUCACAUAUUUACAUGUAUUAACACUUAAAAGAUCAUUCAAUGUAAAAGUGCUAUUGUCAACAAGUAAACAUGACAACGUUUGUUUUAAUCAAGUUCAGCAUCAUAUGUUCUUUCUUUUACUCAGAAAUCAUAAUCUUUUGUUUCUGUGAAGUAUCUGAUUCUUUAUAUUUACGUAAUAAAAAAUAUAAUUCAUUCUUUAUAUUGUUAACAUGUAUACUGACCACUGUUUACUAUUUCAAUAAAGAGACCAAAUCUGCA